GUAUUUGAGUGCGAGACUCGGGGCUCCAUGUUUUGAUCUCAUAAUACUUUGGGACGAUUUACAUAGCGGAAGAACCGAAUCCUGCACUCGGAGCAGAUCGAGUGGAGUGCAACUACUAGCACUUGAACUACGGUGGAAGUAGCAAAAAAAAGCUGAAAUUGUUUUGUUAUUCCAAAUUGUUGAUACUGUGCUUUCAGCGAAGUUUAGGGCCCGUGUCCUGUUUCAUCCGUGCAAAUUGAUUAGAGCGGAGUUUGGUUCGGUUCGUGAAGUAAAAGUGGCGUUGUUUUCGUGGCUCGACCCCGAGAGUGUAUGUUGUUUCUGUUGUGGGAAAAAUCGAUGUUGGUGAAUAAUUAAUCAGGCUCACUGUGGGUUUCUCGCCUGUUCUUCUCGCUGUCAUCCGAAACUCAAUUGUGAAAAGUGUUACAAAACUAUAUGAACAAGUUGAAUAAACAAACGUGGGUGGCAUCGUUCGAAACGUUUAUUAAACUAUAUAAAAAAGUGAGAACAGGACGGCAGGGAAAGGAUCAAUUUAAUAUAAAUUGAAGAAUGUAUAUGUGUUGAUUUGGAUAUUCCAAUCCUAAGUCAACAUCAGAUAAAUAGGAACGUCUAUAUAUAGACGAACGAAAUAAAUUGUGAGCUGGGGGAAUGGAAAGCUAAAAUGUCUCGUCGGCUAAAGUUUUCGGAUUUAGAGAAGAGCAAAAGUGCGAGUGCGGGUGUGCGCGUUAUACUUCAAGCAUAGACACGUGGAGAGUCUCUAUCGCUAUACAUAUGGAGCUAAACUUUGCUGGAAGCAAAUGAAGCGGAAAAUGCUUGCUUUCCUAUGCAAAUGUGAUAAGUGUGUUGUUUCGUUCGCAACGCCCAGCAAAAAUAUCAAUAAUAGAUUCGCUGCGUUUGGAGAAUACCAAUUUUGCGGGGAAUUGGAUCAUUCAGUGCAUACCUAAGAUAGUGAAAGCAGAAUGGGCUGGACACCAACUGCCCAUUAGUAAAUGUAGCGAAUAUACGGCGGAUUAUACUAAAAGCGAGCCGCUUUUCCUCCAGCUUCCACUUCUAGCAUAUACAUAUGUGAAAGAAAUUAAGCUCCCAGUGAGGGGGUGUUCACCGGGAUCCAGUUAAAUUCAGUGAGCCAUAAAAACGGGGAGUGAGUGUAAGAGUGUACCUAUUCGCAUAAAGAACAGAAGAAGCAGUGGAAAUUCCGAAUGCUAAGUGGUGCACUAGAGCAUUAGGGAAGCCGAGCGUGAAAAACAGCCACAAAUAAGCGACGGCUCCGAGAUUUUCAAAACACCCGAGGGGUGGCUGAUAUAGAAAACCAGAUUUCUAUUCUAGACUUCCUGAGAGUGGAAUUGCAAAAGGGGGCGAUAAAUGGAAGAAACACAGGGGAGUGAAGAGUGACGAAAGUAAACAAAAAAAAAAAGAUGUUUGUAUACCUGAAAAAGCUGUGUGAAGUGGAUUAAAAGUCUGAACGGUCGAGAUUCUUCUUUUGAUCAUCUCAACAGUGAGUCCUUGGAAAACCAUGCCCCCCUUACUGGGGUCUGUCUGUUGUGAAAAUAUAUAUUAGAGCACCGGCCAGAUAGGUCUUCAAAGAAGGAUAUCCCUAGCGGAAGUGUAUGUAAGCUCAUAUGCAUGUACAUAAUGAUAAUUACACUAUUGAGCGAGAGGGAAAAUCGCACAUCGUAGACAGAGUGAGAUAAACUGUAAAACUGCCGUAAAAAGUCUACUGCUGCGUUGAUUAACAUUCUUUGAUUCACUAUAGUAUCUUACAAAAACACAGUAUUUUUAGUGUCUCAACGCUUGACAAAGAAAAAGCCGACUUAGUCGUUAUAUUUGGAUAUUCUGUCGCGUUACAGCGUAAACUUUAGAAGUAAAAAUCAACCAGAAACAUUGUACCAUCAAUUUAUUAGGAAUCCAAAGAAUAUGAGCCACUUACACGAAGUACUCCCGCUCUUUUGAGGUAAACCGCGGAAUCAUCCUGCUGACGCGGAAUUAUCAUUUCAAUAGAUCGGCUGGCCCGCGCAAUUGCCAUCUUCGCAGCACACAACGAACGGAACGGAGUCCUGGUGCUGCUGCUGCACUUGGAUUCCAGCGUCGGAGGAAAAAGUGAUAAAACUCUAUUGAAUAUUCAGUCAAGUGAGAAAUGCCCUACCACAUUGCGUCCUUCAUCGGCAUUGUCCGGUAAGCGCCGACCCAGACACUGGAGAUCAAACUGAAAAUUGUUGAAAAGUGAACAGUUUCAAGGGUGAAAACACACUAAGCUCAAGAAAAAAGGAAAAGUAUAAAAAAAUAGUUUGCUCCCGCUAUGGGGCGAAUAAUGUGCAACCGAAGGAUGUGGACCAUUAGCAACAAUGAGGCAGGAUCAGAAAGAAUCAAUGUAUAUGUGGCGGAGGAGUGUGGAAAAGCGUUGUGAAAAUGACAAUGUCAACAAUACUCUGUUGCUACACCUCAGUCCAUCGUGUACAGAUUGCAUCGAUUUUAGAAACUUCAAAAAACUUAUCUUAAUUUGAAAGUGAUUUUCUGCUCUUACAUAAUUCAUCGUGUUCCCAACCAAGUUUUCGUUUGUGGGCGUGAUUGGAUGUGAGGAAAACGAUUAAGCUUUUGCCACAGUGCAGCGGAAGCUGGCGGUAUAGCAGUGUGCUCCGACAGCUUUUUACCGGAAGCCCGUUUCGGUGCUACGAUUUUGCCGAGGAAAAGGAUAAGAGCCCUAGUUCGUCCCACUUGGAGAGGGGGGAAUUUCGAUUUCACGUCAACCUCCUCUUUCCCCUUUCCACUGGAACUGGAAGCUUCUAUCGUAGCGACCUGUGCAUGGCCUCCCCGUUUUGUACAUGGUAGAGACGAGUAUGUGUGUAAAUAAGCGAUUUUAGUUUCACACAACAUGAAAACAUGCCCAUGUGGAUAAACACUCACCAUAAGACUGCAGCAUCUCCAAAGAGGACAUAUAGUAUUGGAAACACGGGACUUGGAAUAUAUGCCUUCCGUUUUGUUUUUCCCACGGCUCACACAAAUCGGCUGGCCAGUACCGCGCUUAUCGCCGUUCCUUGAAGCAAAUCGGGCAGGCUUGUGUUGGAAGGAAAGCCCCAUUUUUGUGUAGUUAUUUCUAAGUAGCAACUAUACUAUUUUACAUCGUCGACGUUUUUUUUCUGCUUCCCAUCUGCCCCCGGCGUAACAAAAAAAAAAAAAGAAAAAAGACUGAAGGAUCUACUAGUUUUCAGAACACAGAAGCUUCUGAUGUCAAGCAGAGUCACGCGGCAAAUGUGAGACUGUAUAUAGCGUAGAAGGAUAUUUACGGGAAAUAGGAAGCGAUAACGGCUGCAUGAACUACUCCUGAAGACGGUAUACUCGAAAAAAAGCAGCAGCAAAGUAAGUGGUUCGUAGCAAGUGAGGGGUAAAACACUGCGCAGCGAGAGUGCCAUCCAGGAUAAAGGAACAGUAGCUGCAUAAGUGUGUAAGCGCAUUCAAAAUGACAAUGAUGAAGACUUUCAUCCUCUGCAUCUUAUGGAUGGUUUUGUUCCUCGACAAGAGCGAUUCAGUAAACGGAUCACAACGAGAGGCAUCCAAACAGCCCCAGCCGACGACAACCAAGGACACAGCAGCGAGCCAAGUAAAUCUUCCGGCCAGCAGCAAAUAUGGCAAUAUCGAAGCCACGGACGCCACCCGGACGGGACCGUACUUUGAUCUGUCCGCUUCGAAAAACGUUACCGCGCUGCUGGGGAAAACAGCCUAUCUCAACUGCAGGGUGAAAAACUUGGGCAACAAAACGAUGCUGCUGCAAGUUUCCUGGGUGCGGCAUCGUGAUAUACAUCUGCUCACCGUUGGCCGUUACACGUACACCUCCGAUCAGCGAUUUCGUGCGAUACAUCAUCCCCACACAGAAGACUGGAGUCUGCAGAUCAAGUAUCCGCAGCACCGAGAUUCGGGCAUCUACGAGUGUCAGAUCUCCACAACGCCACAUAUGAGCCAUUUCGUACAUCUGAACGUAAUAGAGCCUUCGACGGAAAUAAUUGGAGCCCCGGAUUUAUACAUCGAAAGCGGAUCGACGAUAAAUUUAACGUGCGUUGUAAAAGACUCCCCCGAGCCGCCGGCAUACAUCUUCUGGAACCAUAACAACGUUAUCAUCAGCUACGACUCGCCACGCGGCGGUGUAUCAGUCAUUACGGAGAAAGGUGACACGACUACAUCGUUUCUGCUCAUCCAGAAUGCUCGGCCAUCUGAUUCAGGACAGUACACCUGCAAUCCGUCCAACGCCAAGAGCAAAAGUGUCACUGUACAUGUUUUAAAUGGUGUUUCACAUUCUGUUUCCAGGGGAGUUCCCAGCAGCAAUGCAGCGCGCGGGCCAACAGCAUCAUCGCACGGCCCACCAUCACCUGCUUUCGGUGUCUCUGUCUGUGUUUAUCUCAUCGCUGGUUUGGUACAGACUGGUAAUUGGGCGCGCCAUGUUUGCCCCGACGUAGCCAUUUUUCUAAGCGCGUACUCAAAUCUAGUACUUAGACCGUUUUUGUUAUUAACGCACACAGUUUACCGAAUACUGAUCAAUCAAAUUAAGCAAACUAAUCAUCGCCUAGUGUGUACCUAUGCUAGAAGCAUACCAUCACCAUCACCACCACCGUCAUCAGUCCUAGUGGUGGCCCUGCUGGCGGUCACUAAACAGCUAGUUCUACCACUACUACUACCACUAUCACUAAUACGAGCCACUUCUUCCCUGCCCACCCGAUGGCAGCACAAUCACCGUCGAAGGAUAUCGACAUUACGGUUAGUAGCACUCAUAUUACCGCGAUGGACGCUCACCACGAUAACGCGGUUACUCAGAACGAUGUUACUCAUCCUUAGGGAUCACACGUUUGAGUUUAUGUUGAAUCACUUGUGGAAUCAAAGAUUCGCAAUUAGAUGAAAAAAUGUUAAGCUGUAGGUUAAUCAAUCAUGGUGGUUAUUGUAAAUUGAAUAUUAACUGAAAGAAAAAGCAACAAAAAAAAUGUAAUGCAAAACACUUAUAAAUAAAUAAAGAAAGAAAUUUUAGUCUAAGCUGGUCUGUUAUUAUACAUAAGCUUUAGGUAUCUAUGACUAGAAUAAAUGAAUAAGUUAUUGAAUUUCCUGUUUAUUUUCCAAAGGAAAGCAGCCGAGCUACUAGUGAAAGAUCAGAACGCUAAGAAAUGGAAUACUGAAUUCAUUUUUAAAACACGUUAUGACGUUAUGAAAAAGAGUAUUGGUAAUUGAGUGAUAUUUUCAUAUUAAAACUAUGACGAAUGAAAUAAAAAAAAACUCGGAAAAUACAAUGAAAUAUGAAGAAAAUACCAUAAAACAAUAUAUGAUAAAUGAAUGUACAAAAUUAUGGAAAAUAUAUAUGAAGAAAAAUAAACCCAAAACGUAAAUUGAA